AUGACUUCAGAAAAAAGAUGUUGUAUACCAAACUGUGGUUCUUCAAUAACAAGGCCACCUUUAAAGGAUUUGACAAAUGAAAUACAAAGUUCUGAUUCUGUUCAUAAUCUCAAUGUUCUAUGUGGUACAUCACAUUCUAAUGUGGAGAGCCAGCUCCAAGAUAACCAAAAUUUAGUACAAAUGGAUCAACUUUUCUCUUGUAGAAAAAGAACAGACUUUUCUUCUUUCAAAACAUUUGUUUGGAAGUCGCUCGGCAUAAUCAAAUCACAGAUAGAACUUCUGGCUUUGGGUGUUGAUCAUCUUGACACACAUUCACGCAGAAAGGUUCUGCUGUUCCAUGGAAUCAGAGAAGAUAAAGAUGAAGUUGUAAUCUCGAAGAUUGGUGCAGUAUUAAACAACCAAAUGCAGAUGGUGGAAUUGAGUUCAGAUACAAUUGAGACUUGUCAUCGACUUGGUGCUAAAAAGAAAGAUGUAUCUCAACCCAUUCUAGUGCGUUUCACUACAAUGAAGCAUCGCAUGGCAGUGUGGAAUAGGAAAACUCAACUGAAAGGUUCCAAUGUAACACUAUCUGAGUUCCUGACUAAGGCAAGGCAAGAUAUAUUUGUCGCAGCUCGCAAGCACUUUGGAAGGAAAAAGUGUUGGUCAACUGAAGGCACGAUCAUUGUGUUGCUGUCAGACGGCACUAAAAGGAAGAUCUUCUCUAACAGUGAACUCCAACAGCUUAUUCUAAAGUACCCGGUUCAGUCAGCAGAAGUUACUGAUAAUAAAAGAUGA